GCUGUAGGCGCGUCAAGCGCAGCACGACUGCCGGCGCGGUGCGCGUUCACCACUCCGCCAGUCUAACGACGACAGCCGACGUGAUACGUGUGCCUCGCGUGCGUCCGCAAACGGUACGCGCGCACCCACAAAACGCACACAAUCCGAGCGCAUUUCUUUUGAUUUUCCGCGAUACGCGCUCGAAAUUGCUGAUAUUUUACAACAAACGCGUGUUUUAACACAACAACAACAACGUGUGCCUCCUCCUGUCUAGUGUGCCUACCUACCAACAACCUACAUCCACAUUUAUUUCUCAAUACACAGUGUACAGUGCCGAAGACGACCAACAACUUGGUGGAAUAAUAAAAUGAUUGAAUGCAUCCAGUGGUGAUAGUGUUUUUGUUUUACGCUACGUUUUUUUUCUGUUUGACGGACGCGCGCGCCGAGUGACCCGAGUGCUCUAUCUUUAGCGCCUUUAGCGUCAUUGUUAUUAUUACCACGGCAACGCGUAAACAACAAGCUACCCGGCCAACUGACCCCAACGACGAUUACGACUAUUACUACUACUACGAGUACUAGAGGCGGCGGUGGCAGCGCCAGCAGCAGGAAUAUUCGUGAGCACAGCGCGCGUCCGCCGCUGCGUACGCUCAACGUUUCGCAUCAACGCUCCGUGGGAUUUCAACGUAGUGGCACCCAAAUGCUGGUCAGAUCACGACGACGCGCGGCGCGAGGAAGAUUGUUUAAUGUUCAUGUUUCGGAGCAGACGGAGCAAACUGAUUAGACAGCUGAAGGCGGCGCGCCAGAAACAGAGUCAUGAAGCUAGGCGUACGAUUGAAGACCACCAACAGCAGCAAUUGCUGCAGAACAACCACCACAACCAUCAUAAUAGACUUGGUGGUGGUGGUGCAGGAGGCGGCGGCGGUGAUGAGCGCGUCGACGAGCAGCUGUUCAAGCCGCUCAACAUCAAUCAGCUCGAGAUGCUGAUGACCGCCGUCGCCGGACGCGGGCAGAGCGCCACCAAUUGCGUGCUGCUGGCGCGCGAUUGCGAACGCGAGCCGCACGUGCUCUGUUGCCAGCUGUACCGGUGGGCUGAUCUGCGGCAUGCCGCCGAGCUGCGCAGGAUGCCCGAGUGUCGGUCUGCUGUUGAUCCGGUCUAUAUUUGCUGUAAUCCUUAUCACUGGAGUCGUCUCUGUCAACCAGAUUCUCCACCGCCACCUUAUUCACACUGUGCCAUGGAUAGUUUUAAACCUGAAGACCGAGCACCAAGCGAAGCUUCUAUAGUCUUUAGGGAUUCAUUCAUCGGCUCACUGACGACCAGCGGCGAAGAUUCUUCAGUAAAUUCAAGCGGCUGGUGUAAGCUGGCUUACUGGGAGCAGCAGAAGCGCGUCGGCGAGCAGUACCCUGUCUUCGCGUCGCACCUGAACGUCUUCGGCGACAUCCCCUGCGGCGACGGCUUGUCACUCACACAGCUGGCGCAGCACAGCUUCAGUCCGCCUGAUUCCGUCUCUCGGACUAGGUGUAAAAUUGGUUUAGGGGUAACGCUGUCACGAGAAGAGGACGGAAUCUGGGUGUAUAAUCGCAGCGAGCAUCCGGUGUUUGUGAACUCGCUGACGCUGGAGGACCCGUGCGUCUCGUCGUCGACGUCGGCGACGCCGACCAAAGUACCUGCCGAGCACUGCAUCUGCGUGUUCGAUCCGACCAAGGCGGCGCUGGCGAACUACGGAUGGGACUUUGCGCGCCGGCGGCGCGAUGGACCCGUCGACACCAAUUCGGUGCAGAUCAGCUUCGCGAAGGGCUGGGGCGCGCGGUAUUCGCGGCAGGAUGUUAUGUCCUGUCCGUGCUGGAUCGAGGUGCUCCUGGAGCCGUGCAGGUGAUACCGUCGUAGACAUCGCCGCCGGCGUCGUCGUCUGCGUCUACUCUAAGCUACAACAAAUCCAGAAGGCUGACUUUUUUCACACUACACACCACACACAACACAGGAGCGAUGACGAUGAGAAUUCGAACGUCGGCAGUGCCGCUUUCUUUCCGUCCUAUUAAUGUAAUACAACUCGUUUAAUUGUUCGUUUUCGGAGGGCGUUUCUGGUGCGAAACACAAUUCGACGAUCGAGAGGCGCUGUGGACGAGAGAUGCAACAACAAAAUACUUUACUCUGUACAAAAAUACGAAAUAUUGAUUGCCGUGCGCGCGUUUUAAGCGACGCACCGAUUAUUUGUUAACCGAGUGUCGAAAACCACGUAACCCCUUGUUAGAUUACUUCUUUUUUAACAUACACACACACAAAAUGCGAAUAAUCAUUGUGUAAGAUGAAACCCUACUCGGCAACAAGUACAUACGCCAGUAUAAACACAAACGUUUUUUAACGCCCUAGGCUAGGAUAGCGAUUUUGAAUCGAUAGAGUUUUUUAAAACCGCGAAACGUACUACACACUAGAAACACACACACAAACAAAAACGCCUUAUAAGCAUCGGUUCUUGCGAUGUGAUAACAUUAUAAGGGUUUUACUGUCAUUAGUAAUACUUGUACACUUUGGUGCUUUACGUAGAUGUGGGACCAUAUACUCAAGUCGAAAGUGAUUUCUCGUUUCGCACUCGCACCAUCGAGUUAUUGCCUUGGAUUGUCGCGCAAUCCAGACGAAUAAUGACCACCGUCGAAUCGCAUACGUACUGACGAACGACGCUUACUUCCUCGUAAAACAAUUGUUGACGCGCAUAUGUAAUCCUGUUGACCGAUACUAAUUUUUUGACGAUAAAUAAUCUAAUCUAAUAUCUAAGAGAAAAUACUGCUAGUCAGAAAGGAGAAUAAUUAUGUACUGUUAGGAUGCCACGUUUAUUUUGUCAUACGAAAUAUUGUUCUAUUUUUUAACUGUACUGUUAUUUGUAAAAUGUAACACGAAAGCAAGGCCUCUACGUCGCGCGGAAUUGUCUCCUUAAUUAAUAUAUGUGUAUUUCUUUGUUAGUCGUCGGAAGAGGAGAAGUAACGUUAGAGUUUAUCAAUUUAAUGCGUACUGACUGUAAUUUGUACAUUAUUAUUACUGAAUAGUUUUUGGCGUACUGUGUUUCGAGCCGAUUGUAUAGAUUUUAAAACAAAGUGAUCCCGAGAUUCCACUGUUUGCCUACCUAAACGAAAACAAAAACCUUUUGUUGAACGCACUUGUAUGUAUUUGUAUAUGAUGAAGUGAUGAGCACGAUGUUCGAUCGACUUUGACUCCCCUUAGAGGCUUUGCUAGGAAUAACGACUUGUAAAUAUUGUAAAACAGCAGUGCCUUUGAAGCAAUUUCAAAAUAAGACAGCUUAUUUAUUUAUAUAUUGUAUAUGAUAUGUACGGAUGAUGUACUUGUUUGGGGCGGGGCGCGCCGGCCCGCUUGAAAGUUGUCUAAUUUAUUUAAUAUUUUUGUACAGUCGAAAAAGUUAUAAAUAAUUAUUAGUGAUGAACAAUUGUGUUUCACAGAAUUGCAAAAUCUGAACGAAAAUGAAUCGAAAAUAAUAACAUCUUAAAUAAUU